GUUUAUACUUGGACGAUUAGUCCUUCAAACAAUCAAACCUUCUAUUGCCAAUUUGCAAUCGUCUCCAACUAUCCAUCUUACUAAAACUUCACCACUCCAAAAUUUUCAAACAUUCUCUCAACUUUUUCAUCAAAAUAUGCAGCAGGGUACAGGAUCAGAGACCCAAGUUACUUGGGAAGAUCAGCAGAAUAUCAAUAAGUUCAGUAAACUCAAUAAUCGAUUUCAUGAGCUAAUUGAUGAGAUUAAAUUCCUCAAGGAUAAAUGUGAGAAUUUGGAAGAUGCAAGCAACGAGCUGAUCUUGACUGAUGAGGAAGUAGUACGCUUUCAAAUUGGGGAGGUAUUUGCUCAUGUGCCAAAGGAAGAAGUAGAAACUAGGCUAGAAGAGAUGAAAGAAUUGACUGAAAAAAAUUUGGAGAAACUUGAAGAAGAAAAGGAAUCUAUAACCGCACAAAUGGCUGACUUAAAGAAGAUCCUGUAUGGCAAGUUUGGGGACUCCAUCAAUCUAGAGGAAGAGUAAAGAGAUUGUUGACCUUAUUAUCCCCUCUUGGGGGAUUCAGUGUCCAAGUGAUCACUUUAAUUUGAGCAAGGGUAGUUAUUUGUGAAGGCUAUACCUUUUUAUUUACAACAUUUGUUGCAAUCCGCCGGAGUUCCAGCGAUCUCAGAGCAUAGGUUUAAUUUACAGGAUUUGUGGAUUCGACUACUUUUCACUAGGUGGUGUUUGCUAUGAAGUUAUUCUAAUGUUCUCGUUUACAAAAUUUGUUUUUAUUUUUUCGUGAUUAACUCUUGAUUUGUGUAGCAAAAAUGAACAUAGAUUGAGAAGUCAGAAAUCAAGUUGGAGAUUCAGAUGUAACUGUGAAGUGUGGAACUAACAGCUACAGAACAAAA